CUCUAUUUUUGUCAUUGCCGCGAAACCUUAGAAAGCCGGUGAAGCUGAUGAUCAAAGAUCCGCAUCUCAAAGCUCCCUCUUCCUGCCUCACACCUCAAAGCUCAACCUCAAAAACGACAAGAACGAGGAGACGACUGUGUCAUGAUGAAUGACGAAGAAGACAACAACGACCAUGCUGAUCCUCCCACAUUGGACAAUCUCCUACAAUCAUGCGACUCGAUACGACGUCACUGCCAUGCCACUUCCAGUAGUACAUGUACGACAAUGACAGCAGCUGACUAUGCUCACAGCAUUCUAGACGAAGAAGCCGUGGCCAAAGAUCUCGAGCGACAGAUUCGAGAUUGUCGAGCUGCCAUUGGAAGAAUUCAAAAGAGGAAACAGCAACAUCAUCAUGACAAGAGUAGCAACGACACUAACAGUGACAGUACCACUGCUAUUACAGGAAACAUCGAUUCCAACCAGAACAACAAACCAGCUUUUUUGAGAGAGCAUCGGUUGCUACAGUCCCAAGUGCUGGAAGAAGCCGCUCGUCAGAAAAAGAACAAAAUGCUACUCCUACGCAUGGCCAUGGCCAAACCGGCACAAGAAGUGGCUUGGGUUUAUCAACAACAACAACAGCAACAACCAAGCAGUAGUACCUCCGAUGACGAUAACUACCACGAUCAAAUGAUUCUCGUGCAUGAAACCGUCCAAUGCCGCAAUGUAUUGGUGUCGCGCAAUUUGAAAACAUCACGACAAUUGGAUGCCACGCGGGAAGAAUUACGAGUCGCCAUGCACGAAGGAGAACGACUCCAACAACUCGCUCAAGAAACAUGGCAAGCAUUGCAGCCCUACCAGAUGGAGUCAAACUAUGAUCCAUUGUCAUCCAUUUUUGCCAACAAUAAAAAGCAAGACAAAGGGCGUCUAGCUUCCGAAACAGUGCUGCUCAGGGGGGUUGUUCAAGACUUGAUUGUGGGAGGGAACUUGGACUGGUACGGGGAGGAACGGUUGCGAGAAACACUGGUCAAGUUGGAAUGAUUCCAUUCUAUCUAGCAUACACCAGCCAUAAAAAUUGUAAGCUGCUUCAUAUGCCCAA